UCACACUUCAACGUCAAUGUUUAUAAAUCUAGUGUCAAAACAGAUAAUGUUUACUAAGAUUUUCGAAUUUGUUGAAUACAAAAAAAUAAUUUUGAAGUUUGUUAUUUAAUUUAAUACAAUUUUCUGAUAUCAAUUUUUUUAAUACGAAUUUAUCAAACAAAAUGACAGCUGAAGAUACGAGCGUUCUUCUCAAUAUCGGUGAGAUGAUAGAUUUAGCAAUUGGCACUCCAGAGGUCGGAGUUGUAGACUUCAAUAUGCUCCAAACGGUCCUGCACUGCCUGGCACAACAGCUACGUGUCCUGGGUAAAAACGUAGAGCUGAAAGGCAGCAUCACUUUGCCAAUAGGCAGAGAUAACACACAAACCAUUGCGAUCAGCGAAUAUGUGGUCGAUACUGAAGACAAAGAUAAGACCGCACCAUUAAAACCUGAAAUAGACGUGUCACCAGUUACUUCAGAACCUGAUACAAUUUUAGUCGUUGAAAGAAUCAAGAAAAGCUUGUCACCGUUGCGUAGUCCUACACGCGAACACUCACCAGUACCGAUUCAGAGUCGCGGAGCAGCUUCCCCAACUCCUCAAGAGAAACUGUCGCUCGUGACACUAAGCAAAUUCAACACGCUCGAAUCCACUGUGGAGGACUUGAAAAACCGUGUCUACGGAAGCAUGCCUAAAAACGAAGCCAUUUUGGAAGAAGUAAGAUCACAAACGAAUUUAAAAGCGAUCACGGACAUGUGGACGUCUCUGAACGUGUCGUCUCGACUGGAGGCGGCCGAGGCUGGGAUUUCCAAAUUAAGUUCUCUGGUACAGGAUGUUAUUUCGGAAACAACAACUUUGCAAGAUGCCCUGAAAGGCAGCGAUCUUCAGGCGCUAGAUUCUGUGACACCUGGAGCCGCGUUGACUGACGGCGCCACAAUACCCACGAAGGAUGAAUUUUCAGCAGUACAAACCCAAUUGCAUAAUUUGCAAGCGAACGUUGAUCAACUCACCAACUCCUUUAAUGGCGCCAUGUCUGAAUUACUUCCUGGCUUCGCUAGUUCUCUUCCUGGUCAACUCGCUUCAGAACACACACAAGAUUCGAGUUCGACACCAGGUGCCGAUCACCGCCAGUCGACUACUUCUCGAUCAUUACCUACGGCUGACAAAUUGACCGACAUUCUGACAAAACGAAUUAACGAAUUAGAGAAAAAACUCAAGGAAUGUUGCGACAUCGCUAAUAAAAAUGAUGAUCUUAUGCAAAACCAAAUAAAUUAUAUGCAAGAUCAACUCGAGUACAUAAAUAAAGAAAUCGUCAACAUGACGACAGAUCCAACCGGCGGAAAAUUAUCACCAGAUCUUGUGAAAGACUUGCAAGGUUUAAUGCAGCUCUUCCAGACCGUUCAGGAUAUGCAAGAACAAUUGAAGCAAGUUCACGAAACUGCCUUACUUUUGGCAUCUGAGAAAGAAGACAAACAACUGCACACGAACGCUCUUCUAGAACAAAUAGAACUGCUGAAGACAGUAAAACUCGAUCGCGAAGACAUGAUGGAAGCUAUGGCUGAAAAAGCAGAUCUUCAAAUGUUGGCCCGAAAAGUUUCACAUAAUCAAUUUGAACUUGCUUGUGACGAUCUCUCGAGGGGCUUAGAACAUGCACUCGGUAAACUUAAUUUGCAGGAAGCACUAUGGCAACAGGCUCUAGAUGACAUUCAACGUGAAAUUGAAACAAAAUUGGACAAAAUGGAACUGUCCCCGGUUAAAGACUUUUUCAACAACAAACUGAAACAGCUGCAGGAAAAUUUGAAACAAAUGGCGUCGUUGAGGCGGGAAGCUGAAGCGGCGGGAACGAAACAGAAGCUAUUGAGAGAUGUAAAUUGUAUUUCAUGCGAUGCGAAUGCUGUAAUGAAAAUGGAGGCUCCAUCGACAGUUCCCGUCAGCAAACCCCUACCGGCAAAUCUAUCUAUGAAACCGUAUCUUAGUUAUGAACUCGAUGCAAUAAGAAAAUCGCAGGCAAGUAAUCUGCCACAACGUAACUUGCACGACUGGGAAAACAUAGAUAAACACGUGACAAAACAGCCACCAAGACCAAAAUCGGAGUCAGAUAAGCAUCUAUGCAACCGCUACUGUGGCGGUUCUCAUACGGUGACGACUCCUGCUCAGCGCGUUGCUCGUCUCGGACACUUCAUCAAGCAAUGGGGACCUGACGUGCUACCAUUGUCGUCAGGACUUGCUACCGGCGAUGACGGAAAGAUGUACCGAGUGACUGACGUGGAAAGCGCGAACGUCGGACCAGGGGGUGCUGUUGAUCAGACGUGUACACCGAAGUCGCCACAAAAAAAAUCAGACACUAAUAAGACGCAACAUAAAUCUUCUGCGAUUAGUCCCGAAUGCCGAUGUCUGGAAGGAAACCGUCUCGGAAAAUAAAUAAAAACUAUGUGAAAUGCGAAAAUAUAUUGUACAGAACAGAUUUCAGAAAUAAAACAUUUUGCUUUAAA